AUAAAUAUUAAUACUGACUGUUAUACUACUGCUACAGUACAAAAAUUAUAUAUUACCAGCUGUCUAGAAAAGAUUCUGUAUACCCAGAUACAGCCUUAUAUUAAAAAGAGAAACUGUACUCUAAAUAAUUUUACUAAUAUUCUAUUACUACUUAAAUAUUUAUUCGGCAAUCCAGACCGCGCUUGCACCGCCUGGAAUAAAUUAUACUACCUGCAAUAA